AGAAGCAUCAAAUAUCAUCGCUGCUGGUUGUUGUUUUUUGUUGUUUAUCCACUCCGGAGCUUGGUGUCCGUGUUUUUUUUUUAAGAUAUCUAUUCACUGAAUUGAUUCCACGAGUGUAUUAGUGCGGUGCAAAGCAAUGGCAAAAGAGAGAGGCAUGGGAGCUUCUUUUUUCGACUGUCAUUUAUUAGUUUCAAUAAUAUGAGACUCUGAUCGGACGGAAAACAACACGCGUAGUUCGUGACAAGUGGCUCCUCUGUGUGUAGAUGAUGAACGAAGAGAAAGGAAGUAAAAUUUCGAUUAAAAGUGGUGCAGCCUCACAAGUCGAGGUGCGUGACUACAUUCAAAUGCACGGUGAUUAUUUCGCUGAAUUUGUGUUACAUUGAACUCAAGCGGAUAGAAGAAGCGAAAAAGAGAAACGAAGACUGUGUCUACGGGGGAGAAGACGUGUUUUGAUGCGGGAUAAUCUAGAAAAUAGGUGAAGAAGUGUUUUCAUUUUCAUCGGGUCUCUGUGAUUUUAACUCACAUUUCAAAGCGCUAAUCCUACCAAGGUGAACGGUGUGUCUUCGAGAAAGUGUUGGUCCUGACAUUUAAACCAGUGAUUUUGAAAGAUUCGCCGAAAAUUUUGCCAAUUAGGCUUCGAAUGAUGCAAGUUGUUGGCGAAAAAACCGCAGAGAAGAAGAUUCGGUGAAGUUUAUUGAUUUUUGUGUCAUACUCUUUCAUCGAAACCUGUUUCCCCGGUGGAGUGGAACACCAGGUCUGUGCUGUCGCCGUAGACUGCUUCUGCAUCGGAAUGUUGCUGUGCUGAAAAAGUGGAUCUUCAUUGUGGCUCUGCCCUCGCGACCAGUCGAAUCAAACGAGGAAGAAAGGAAACCUUAGGAAACCUUCCGGUCUCUCGGUCAUCCAGCGCGAGAGUUAGAAAUAUCGGCCCGACCACUAGUCAAUGCAAGCCAUUAGCGCAUCGGGAGCUAUUGUUGUAUGUAGCCUGAUUCAAGUUCCCGCUAAGCCGAUUCGAUACAGAUGUCGAUGGAAAUUAUCGGCUCCGUCUGACCCACUCGUUCGGGACCGUACAACUGUAGCCAGCCGUUUGCAGUCGGGGAAAACAACAAUACACCUAAGGCCAGGGGCGCAUCCAGAUCGAUCGACUCCACCUCUGGGCAGCAUCAAUAAUACCCAAGCGCUAAGCGUGCAUUGUUAUCGGCCCGCAGCCAUUGUCGCCCUCGAUCAUCAUCGAGGCCAUCCAUUUACCUGUGAAGAAGAGCUGGGUAGAUAAGCCGAGCAUCCUCAUCACCAUAAGCAUGUAUCAUUCGAUAGGUAUCGAACGACAACGACGACGACUACGAAGCUACCAACCGAAUCGACGACGAACGGUUUGGGAUAAACGAUAACAAGCGCCUCCCGGAUCGUCACUUUGAAACCUCGCACGCACCUGUCCGGAUCGAGGCACCAUAACAAAACAAAAUACUCAAAAAAAAAACCGAAGCCACAAACCGGCAAGCAGCUUUCGUCGGCUCAGCUGUUUUCGACGACGAAACAAAAAGGAAAGGUACGCGCCAAUUACCCGGCAGUAAUCUGGUGCUCUUUCUCUCGCUGCUGGCGCGGGCCAUCAGUAUCGAUUCAGAGCCCACGCGAGACGCCAGCUUCCAAAAAACGACCGCGCGCAUCACCGAAUCGGAGAAGAGCUCCAGAUCAAAGCACAGCAAGCAAAGAAGCGGCUCUAUCGCCGUUGUCGGUAACCUCGUUUCGCGACUGGCCACGAGCGGAGAUUAUGUAAAUGAUCGAUGCUUUAUUCGCACCAUUGUUCGGUUGCUGGCUGGUUCUUCACCGUAGAACUUGGAGAUUGAAAGAUUGAAGAUUCUGCGAUUUUUUUAUUCAAAGUGUGCGAGUGCGAAAGUGUUGGGCGAGAGUGUGGAACGAAGGUCGGUUUGUUAUUGAAAUUGGACGGGUAGAGUGUUCUUUCGCGUGUGAGUGCAAAACGGGCAAGAGAGGGUUAGACACGUAGCGUAGCAGAAAGAGAGUGAGAGAGCAAGCGCAGCGGGAAGCUUAAUCUUAUCACGAAAUUACGCCGCUAGUAGUGCGCGAGGACCGAGUGAUUUCGCAAGUGUUCGUCGCUGAGCUGCGGGAGUUGGUAGAGUCAGUUUUAACGAGAUUCUUGCAAUACUGUGCGGAUACAGGUAUCAUCUUGAAACUAGAGUGCAGAGAAUACGAAGACGUUCCAAGCGGGGGCCACGUGACGACAGACUGCGAAGUGUUUAGAUGAGAAGAUUAGCCCCGAGUUGGAUGAACGGCAAAUGUUAUGUUUUUGUUUGAAGCAGCUGAAUCAGCAGUGCCCUCGGCUUUACGGUGCAAGUCGUGAAGGAUCUUCGCUGUAGACUACUUGCACUUGAUUGUGGUUGUGGUAUUUAAGUGUGAAUAAAGGUAAAAAUCUCGAAGGGAAAAACAUCGAAAAUGCUGACACCGGUGAAAAACAAUCAAAGUGCACAGACAUGGACUGUUGAGACCCGAUGGUAGAUGGUGCCCUUUUACAGUGAUAGUGACGAAAACAUAAAAACAAUUUUUGCCCGGGAGUAGUUGAAUAAAACAGAGUGAUUUGCUGAGUCGCAUAAAAUGUUCCACUCGGUGAUGGUGCAAAAGAUUGCUCUGGUAAUGAACCGAGCUGAAUCGAAAGUGUUUUGAGUGGCAAUCAUUCGAUAAUUGGUGUUUGAAGUGAGAGGAUCAGUCGCCAGUGCGACCCUGACCACGGCCAGAACGAAAGAUCAUCGAAGAUGUACUGGAUUCGGUCGAAAAAACUGAAAGAGCGCCUAGCGCUUGGCUUCGGUGCCACGCUUGUGCUGUUCACAUUAUUACUGGUGAUCGAUCUUCAAAUGGACCUUGGAGUUUCCCGAGGUGAAUUUAUACCAUCUCAUGCGCGGAUACGAUUCGCCAACGAUGAAGACAAGGGAGGAAUUUAUAACGAAUUUCACCGGAAGUAUCUUGCCAAAAGUAAUGCGUCCGGUUCCAAGGAGUACCUUACCACGAAUGCCCAUACCCGAAGUCGGACUGAUACUUCCGGAUCAGGUUACCCAAGCAAACAGAUUACUACGACUCCUCCCCAUGACAGAUUUAAGGAUCUGACCGCAAUAGUGGUAGCCCCGAAAAAUCGUCGCAAUCCAGAAUACUACGAACGGAUAGUUAUCAAAGAAGACCACGAAGAUUUUGUCAAUCCGACAUUAGCUGAAAUGCUAGAUCUGAGGAUCAGCAAUAAUGCAAGCAAUCUGGAAAAGUUCCAGCUUUCCAUUACCAAAAAUGAACUUUACUCGAAAAGUGAUACCCUUGUGGAUGCUGUGAUAGAAGACAUGGUAAAGUUGCCCAUCAAGCACGUUGUUCAGAAGGAAGGCGGAACCCAAAUUAAGUUGAUCAUUGAAUACCCAAACGAUAUUCAUGCUUUGUUCAAACCGAUGCGAUUUCCAAGGGAACAACAAACGCUGCCAAACCAUUUUUACUUCACCGAUUACGAGAGACACACAGCGGAAAUUGCGGCAUUCCAUCUGGAUCGGUUAAUGGGAUUCCGGCGAGCAAUGCCAGUUACCGGACGACUUCUCAACAUUACCACAGAAAUCGAGCGGGUAUGUGACGAUAACCUACUGAAGACAUUCUUCAUAUCGCCGGCUCGGAACAAGUGUUUCCACGGUAAAUGUUCCUACUAUUGUGAUACGUCCCAUGCCAUCUGUGGCAAUCCGGAUACGCUGGAGGGGUCGUUUGCUGCUUUUCUACCGACUCAGCAGGAUACUCAGCGAAAAGUGUGGCGCCAUCCCUGGCGUCGGUCGUACCACAAGCGCAGGAAGGCACAGUGGGAAACUGAUCCCGACUACUGCGCCAUGGUUCGCGACAUUCCCCCGUACGAUGAAGAUCGUCGAUUGCUAGAUCUGAUGGAUAUGUCGGUUUUCGAUUUCCUAAUUGGGAACAUGGACCGGCAUCACUACGAAACGUUCAAGAUCUUCGGAAACGACACGUUCCCCAUUCAUCUGGACCACGGCCGAGGAUUUGGUCGACCUUUCCACGAUGAAUUAUCGAUUUUGGCGCCCUUGCUCCAGUGCUGCCUGAUUCGAUCAUCAACACUCGAAACGCUGCUACUGCUUCACAAUGGUCCGAAGACGCUCUCGGAAAGGAUGAGGGAAUCGCUGUCGGUAGAUCCGAUUGCACCGGUCCUCUGGGAACCGCAUCUGACCGCGUUGGAUCGUAGGGUAGGUAUCAUACUCCAAGCUGUGAGAGAUUGCCUUAAGAAGGCAUCGGAAGAGGAGUUCGACGGCAGCCAAAAUCAACUGGGCCACAACGACAAUUUCUCCUAGCGUUCCUACCAUCCCAGGCGGACCCGGCGCCUCUACAGGAUAUUGGUCAACAUGAAGAGCAACGGUGCGAAUCGAAUCGGCCAAUACAGAAGCUUGUACAUAGUCUAAAAACCAGAAGUGAGUGAGAGCGCGCAAUGCGCAAGUGAGCGGGAAAGAAAAGCGAGAGUGAAUGGAGAAGAAGAAUGUGCACAAAACUGAGUGAAUGAUGAUGUCCGGUAGUAAAUAUGUGGCAUUAGUCGAGAUGUUUAUUGGUUCGUUGCGGGAUCAUUAUCAUAAAAUGAUAGCUAAAGGCACAUAAGAUAGGCUCGGUCGGAUAUGAACGCUGCAAAUAUUUUGAUUGAACGAUUGUAAAGUUCUGAUGUUAAUUAGAUCAAUAGGAUUAACCACGUGUAUAAUCCACUAAUGAAGAAUGAUAUAUAAAAUUAUACAUAUUCAUAGCAUGCGGAGUCCAAUCCGCAGCAAUAAGAGGCCAAAGUUGUAAAUGAGCAAAACUUAUUCGAGAGUCCCCUCGAGGAACCAUAUUUACGUUUUAAACGCUAGAUGAUAUUAGAUGUUCUUGUUUUCUUCCUGUUAAGUUUUACAACUCUAUAGUACACGUUCCGAACCCAUUUUUCCUCGUUACCCAAUAUAACAUGAUGAGACAGACAAAAUUUGCUCAGCUCUGAGAUAAGAUAUCAAAUGUUCUUAGGAUGUUCCGUUCCGUACUCGCACCGAGGCCGACUCCCCAGAUGAUGAAUAGUACUGCUGCGACGGACAGUUCGUAAAUCUCUCAAACACGGUAGCCAGUACUGUCAGCCAAAAACCAACAAUUUUGUGUCAAGCAGAAGAUAAACGCUUAAACCAACCAUAGAGAUGCUAUAUCGUUCCGACGGUUCACAUGAUGGUUUCAAAUAAAUUACGUAUUAAUAUCCAAUUAUUCGAGUGAAUUCAUUCCGCAAAUCCACACCCACCAGAUCAUCAUUGCAUCGUGCUAUCAACUCCAUAUCAAUGGCAAUUAUCACACCACCACCUUCAGUGCAAAACGAAACUUUCCGUUCUUUUAACGUUGUGUCCGGGCGAACUCAUAAAUAGAUAAAUCGUACAUGUAUAAACGGAUGUUACUCCCCGAGUCCGAGACCGAUUGUGACAAAAUUGUAUUUAAUAAAAUGACGUUAAUAAGUCAAUUAGAGCAACAGGAUACGAAUGCGAAAUCCAUAUUGCGUGUCAAAAUGAAGCAAUUAUGAGUUUUAGCUGCUAUAAGUACCUCUUUUGUGCCCGUUUUCAUCGUAUCCCAACAGACAAACAGACGUCACACUUUCGUCAUUGUCCAUCAGCAGCUUGUCACGUUUAGUAUCUACAGUGAUCGAUUAUUCUUAAUAGAUGUUCGCAGAUACGCCGUUAUGAUAU